CUGUCCGCGAAUGGGAGGGAUGCUGCUCUUCGGCUGGUCAUUCCCAGCGAUGGGGAACUUUACGAGCCUACACUGAACUAUCUGGGCUCUUGCGGCCUAUCGGUCCGGCGCCCUAACUCGCGGCAAUACACUGCCACCAUAAGGUCUCUUCCCGGCGUGGAAGUACUCUUCCAGCGUAGCGCAGAUGUAACCACCAAGGUAGAGGAAGGCAGCGCAGAACUGGGAAUCACCGGACUGGACCGUUACCUGGAGUACCGCACUGACGAACGCACUGUAGUCAGCUUGUUGGACGAUCUGGGUUACGGCAGGUGUGAUUUUGUCCUUGCCGUUCCAGACGCCUGGCUUGAUGUUUCCUCGAUCGAUGACUUGGCGGAUCUGGCUCUGGAGUUCAAACAGCAGGGCAAGCAAUUGCGGAUAGCCACCAAGUAUCCCAAGUUGUUGCGGGAGUAUUUGUUCCACCGUGGAAUAAAUUACUUUACCCUCGUGGCGGUAAGCGGCGCUCUUGAGGCAGCCCCCGUAGCAGGCUACGCAGAUUUGAUAGCUGACCUGACAGCUACUGGCACAACUCUCCGCGAAAACCGUCUGAAGACUUUGCAGGGUGGCACUAUUCUUACUUCCCAGUCAUGCCUCAUCGGGAAUGCAACCACUCUGUUGAGAUCGAAAGAUGCCCUUAGAUUGGCCCGGGAGUUCAUCGAAAUGCUGGAGGCCCACAUGCGGGCCGAGCCUUAUUACCGUCUUACCGCCAACGUGAGGGGCGCCUCUCCCCAGGAAGUCAGCGCGACAGUCCUUAGCCGCCCCGAAGUCUCAGGUCUUCGUGGCCCGACCAUUGCCCGAGUCUACAACGUAGAGGAACAAGACUGGUACGCUGUCAGCCUCCUGGUACGCAAAGACCGUUUGAUGGAGGCAGUGGAUCAUUUGAGGGAUUGCGGAGGCAUUGAAGUUUCGGCCUCCCAGUUGAGUUACCUCUUCAAAGGCGAAUCGUCCGUGUUCAGCCGGUUGCUCGACCCUGCCUCUGAAUCUGUUGAAGAAAUCGGGGGCUUGUAA